AUGCCGGCCACCGACGGCUCGUCCAUGGCCCGCGGCCGGGGCACCGAACGGAACCCCCUCGUGGGCGGCGGCGGAGGAGGGAGUUACGGAGCCACGACAAACAACCGCAGCAGCAACAACGACAACGGCAGCGGCCAAGACUACGGCCGGCGACGGCACCGGGCGGUCGGGUUCACCGAGACACUCAGCCUGCGCGACAAGAUGCGGCGGUGGUUCGCCAAGGGCGGCAGGCUGGAGCCGUUCCGGCUGCUCAAGCAAGACGCGCGCAACCUCCGGGGCCGGUGGCGCGGCGACUGGAGCUUCUUCAACCAGCUGGUGCUGGCCAGCGCCGUCUAUGUCUUCUUCACCAACAUCCUGCCGGGCAUCACCUUCGCCAGCGGCCUGUACGCCCUCACGGGCCAGUCGUGGGGCACCGUCGAGGUCGUCUUCAGCACGGGGCUUUGCGGCCCGCUCACCAUCCUGGGCGUCACGGGCCCCUUUUCCGUCCUGGCCGAGAACCUGUACGAGCUGUCGGUGAAGUACUUCCACGUGCCCUUCCUCCCGCUCAUGGCCUGGUCCCUCAUAUACGCCGGCUGGAUGCACGUGCUGCUGGCCGUCUUCAACGCGCACGACUGGACCAUGCAGUACGUGACCGAGUUCAGCUCCGACAUCUUCUCGCUUCUCAACAGCGUCAUCUACUUCCACAAGGCCUACAAGCAGCUCAGCCGCAUCCACGCCGCCGUGCCCUUUGCGAGCUUCCUGUAUUCCGUCCUCGGCGCCUUCGGCACCUGCUUCACCGCCGUCUUCCUCGCCACCGCCCACGGCUGGGCCCCGCCCUUCGGCCGCUUCGUCCGCACGGGGCUGACCGAGUACGCGGCCGCGCUGUCCAUCAUGCUCUGGAUCGCGGUCCCUUACCUGGGCGAGCUCGGCUCGCUCGAGCACCACCGCCUGCCCGUGCAGUCGACCUCGUUCCGGCCCACGAACCCGGAGCGGGACUACUUCUUUGUCGAGUUCUGGAAGCUGCCCAUCCAGUGGGUCGUGGUGGCCAUCAUACCCGGCGCCAUCAUCACAGUGCUCUACUACUUCGACCACGAGAUCAGUCAGCUCCAUCAUCUGCACCAUGCCGCGCUACGGCGUCAAGAAGCCGGGAGGCUCGCCUGGGACGUUGCCCUGCUCGGCAUCACGACGGCCGCCUGCGGCAUCAUGGGCAUCCCGCCCGCGAACGGCCUGCUGCCCCAGGCCCCGCUGCACUCCGAGUCGCUGCGCUACCUGACCGAGGAGAAGUACGAGCCGGAAGAGGGCGACGUCGACGCCUGGGCCUGCCGCGACGGCAAGCCCGAGGACGACGAGGAAGAGGACGAUGGGGAGUUUGACGGGUCUGAUGGUGUCGACAGCUUCGACCAUGACCUCAACCGCAGCGCCACCGACGGUAGGGACGGCGCCGGCGACGCCGUCAGCGGCCGCAAGGGCCACGACAACCUCGCCGACCUGGAGAGGGACGCCGUCGUCACCACCAACGGCCGCGGUGGCGGGAGCAGCAAUGGGCGCUCGUCCAACGGCCGCCGCAGGAGCGGCCACGCUUUAGGGAGACACGGCUGCUUUUGGGGCAUGUGGCCUGGGUGGCAUAGCUGA